UGCAGCCGAGUACCGGCCACAAUCACAGCUCUCAGCAGAGGGGGAGCCAGAUCCGGGUGUGCCUGGGCAAUCUGUGCUGAGUCUGUCUCCUUUCCAUCCCUGCAGCACUUUCAGAGCCUUAAGUUUUGCAGCGAGAGAGAAGGGGGGUGGAAAUCUCUGCAAAAAUGGCUGGGGCAAUUAUAGAAAACAUGAGCACUAAAAAGCUGUGCAUUGUUGGAGGGAUCUUACUGAUUUUCCAAGUCAUCGCCUUUCUAGUAGGAGGUCUGAUUGCUCCAAGUCCCACUACAGCUAUGCACUACAUGUCAAUAAAAUGUGUAGAUGUACGGAAAAACCACCACAAAACCAAGUGGCUAAUGCCUUGGGGACCCAACCAGUGUGAGAAGAUCCAAGAUCUUGACGAGGCAAUGAGCAGACAAAUAGAAGCCAAUGACAUUGUGUUUGCUGUUCACAUCCCCCUCCCCAGCAAGGAGAUGAGUCCCUGGUUCCAGUUCAUACUUGUUAUCCUGCAGCUGGACAUUGCGUUCAAGAAAAAUAAUGAGAUAAAAGACAAUGCAGAAGUUACGCUUGAUGUGUCCUUGGCCUAUCGUGAUGACAUGUUCAGUGAAUGGAAAGAAAUGGCACAUGCGAUAGAGACCCGAAAGCUAAAAUGUUCUUUUGCCUCUCCAAAAACCACAGAGCAUGAAGGCCGACACUAUGACUGUGAUGCACUCACUUUCAUGGAAAUUGGAACUGUGGCUCACAAAUUCUACCUCCUCAACAUUCGACUCCCUGUGAAUGAAAGGAAACAAAUUAAUGUGGGAAUUGGGGAAAUAAAGGAUGUUCUCCUGGUGAGUAUCCAUCAAAAUGGAGGCUUUACAAAAGUGUGGUUUGCAAUGAAAACCUUCCUCACGCCCAGCAUCUUCAUCAUCAUGGUUUGGUAUUGGAGACGGAUCACGAUGAUGACACGCGCUCCUGUCCUGCUGGAAAAGGUAAUCUUUGCUCUUGGGAUCUCCAUGACGUUCAUAAAUAUCCCAGUAGAGUGGUUUUCCAUUGGAUUUGACUGGACUUGGAUGUUGCUCUUUGGAGAUAUUCGACAAGGACUCUUCUAUGCCAUGCUUCUGUCAUUUUGGAUAAUCUUUUGUGGCGAGCACAUGAUGGAUCAAAAUGAACGAAAUCGUCUUUCUGGGUACUGGAAACAGGUUGGGCCCAUAGCUGUUGGUGCCUUCUGCCUUUUCAUCUUUGACAUGUGUGAGAGAGGAGUACAACUGAAAAAUCCAUUCUACAGUAUCUGGACCACAGAUGUUGGCACGGAGCUGGCUAUGGCAUUUAUUAUAGUGGCAGGAAUCUGCCUUUGCCUCUACUUCCUGUUUUUGUGUUUCAUGGUGUUUCAAGUGUUCAGAAACAUUAGUGGGAAACAAUCCAGCCUCCCAGCAAUGAGCAAGGCUCGCAGGCUUCAUUAUGAGGGGCUGAUUUUUAGGUUCAAGUUCUUGAUGCUCAUCACUCUGGCCUGUGCAGCAAUGACUAUCAUCUUCUUCAUUGUCAGUCAGGUGACUGAAGGCCAUUGGAAGUGGGGGGACUUCACAGUACAGGGGAACAGUGCCUUCUUCACAGGCAUCUACGGGAUGUGGAACCUCUACGUCUUCGCUCUUAUGUUCCUAUAUGCUCCAUCGCACAAGAAUUAUGGUGAAGAUCAAUCAAAUGGUGACCUGGGAGUAAGUAGUGGGGAGGAGCUUCAGCUCACCACCACCAUCACCCAUGUGGAUGGGCCAACCGAGGUUUACAAGCUGGCUCGCAAGGAGGCUCAGGAGUAACUCCUGGAACACCUCACUUGGGACAAACACAAUGAAGUACAAUACACAGGUUGAGACAACGUCCUCCUUGAGGAGACAUCAGAAGUAACUCCCUCUACAAAUGCCCAGUAUUUAUAGUGUGUUCACUGAGCGGUGGAACUAAAAUAGAACCUUUGUAAACUCUCUUUAAUAUGGUGUCGCUAUCUCUGGGGGAGGGCAGGAUAUGUAUUCUAUAUUUUACAGACAUGCUAAAUGAACACUAAGGAUGCAAAGUGAAAUGUUCAAGAGUUAAGCCAGGAUUAAUGUUGCCUGCGGAACCUUAAUUUUGGCUCCUUGUGUGUAUGCAGGAUGGUAGUCUUUAAUUACUGGGGUUUUAACACAGGACUCCUGCCUCAUUCAAUGCACAAAGUAAACAGUGCUCGCUUAAGAGGAGGUAUUUAGUAUUUUGGUUUUUCUUGUGUGUAAUUUCCUCAUAAACACACAGAAAAUGCAAAACUAUAUUCUGUAUCUAACCAUAUUGACACCCUCCCCACCCCCAGUUGGGUCACUGGCAGGGUUCAAACCUUUAGACCUGUAGCACAGACCUCUGCCACUUAGGCUAACAGUGUCUGGUAGCAGUAGUAGGCUGUUACCUGUGUGUGGACUAGGCACCAAAGAGGGAAGAGAGAUGCACACUUUACUAGUGGAUUUCACAGCUAUUUGCUGACAGAGGAAAGUAGAAACUCUGAACUCCCUGGAUUCUUUUCCAAGUCCUGGAGGGGAGUAUAGUCUAGUGGGUUAUAAACCGUUCUGUCCUUGUCCCUCAACUUUUCUGUAUCCUCCUAUCUGCCCCACUCCCAUUGGGCAGUGCGUCCAUAUCGUGAUGCCCACUUUUCCCAACCUAGCACUAAAAAUUUCCCAGAUUGUUUUUUACAGUGCUUCUAUAUCCUGGGAAAUUUCCCACAAUCUGGGAAUUUGAGUAAAAUGUUUUGAAUGAAAACAUUUUACUCAAAUUCCCAGAUUGUGUGAAAUUUCCCAGGAUAUAGAAGCACUGCCAUUGGGCUCCUGAACCCCUUCUCUCCCCUCCUUCCUCCAUUUCUGUGCAUUCUAGUGAUGGCUCCUUCUCAUCCAUGAUGCCUGGGUGUCAGGAGAGGGAGCACUGAGGACACAGGAGAGUCUCUCUCUCUCUCUCUCUCUCUCUCUCUCUCAAAACUCCUGCUCGGAGGCGGCAGCACUAGCAUGGAGCAUACUCGGAGAUGGAAUGUCUGGAGAACUUAGCUGCCAAAUCUGCACUGAGCAUGUGAGAACCAAUAUUUUUUCAGUGUCUCAUAACUUGGCCAAACUUCCUGACCAGUUCUUAGACUCUUUGGGGAGUUUAGCUCUGGCAAUGUCCUGCAGACGACUGCACAGUUGAGCAGGACUUUCCCUGCAAUUGCUGCUCUUGGCUGCUGCCGGAUGCUGUAGUGCUGCACAUGGUAUUAAGUCAUGUGCGCUCCCUGCUAAUGCCCAGGCAGUGUGGAGGAGGAAACAGCCUGAUUUCAAAUGCAGAGGGGAUGAUCCAGAUCUGGAGGGAGAGGGAGUGGACUAGGAUACGUGUGGAUUGGGGGUGUAGCCGAGAGAGACUGUGACUAGCAGGGCAGGGAGAUUAGUAGGAGGAGCUAGAGCUGUAGUGAGGGAGAGGAAAACUAAGACAGGCAUGGGUUGGAGGGGACUGGGGCAAAAGGGUAGAGGCUGAGAGAGAUGGGCAGAAUUGUCUGUGCCCGCUAGAGUGCAUACUAUGCCAGAACCUGGAAUGGAUUCCUGAGUGUCUCAUUCCUGCUGUCAGCAAAUAUCUUUUGAAACUCCUGGCAAAGUUUGUGUCUCAUCCCCCUCUAGAGCGUGGUCCAUGCAGAGGAUGAGUCUACUGCUAUGGGUUGCUCAAGUAAUAGAGGUUUGUGCUGCGAAUCUUAAGGUUCCAAAUCUGCUGAUGACUCAUGCAUAAGGCUGUUUUUGUCACUGAGGUCAUGAAGUCACAGAACCCGUGACUUCUGGAGGCCUCUGACAUUCUCUGCUUCAGCCCCAGGGGCUGCAGGACUCUGGAGCUGACGGCCAGUGGGGCCCUGGCAGGGUUCCAGUGACGGGCCCCCUGGAAGGUUCCAGCAACAGGUGAUAGACUCCUGAUGGAGGACAGUCUUGCAUGAGGAGAGGGGGAUGCCUUGGGCCACUGGCUGGGGUGUCCCGUUUUCUCUCUAGGAAAUAUGGUCACCCUGCAGCACCCAGCUGCCAUGGGCAGAGGGGGGCACAGUCAUUUUUCAGUUGGCUUUUUUUUUUAAGCCUGGGAAAUCACUCACACUCACACACUGACAGACACAGUAGUGCUAAGGUUGCAAAGUCAAGCAUUCAGAAGUUAGGAAAUGCCAGUGUUAAGCUUGCCUGUGUAACCUUAAUAUGACCCUCUUCUGCAUACACAUUAUGAUGUAGUUUUUAAUUAAUGAUCUCACACUAUUUCCUGCUCCCAUAGGCCCCCUCUGCCUUAUUCAGUGCAGAGGAUGGACCUGCUGUGGGGAUAAAUCAGGGAUGUGUAGUGAAGGACACUACUGGCUGUAGCAUCCCCAUCACUAAAUGUACGUGUUCCAGUUUCUGGCUGCUCACCUGGAGGUGCCUAGGACCAAAUUUGCAGAAGUGCUAAGCGCUCCAGCUGAAGUCAAGUGUUGCUGCACUUGGAGCAUAGGCUAUGAAAAUGCUAAAUCUCCUAAAAACAAGGCUCUGGGCUUCUCAAAUUUGCUACCAAAAAUUAAUGGACACUUGGACAAUUUUGGCCAUAAUUUCUGUGCCUCGGUUCCCCAUCUGUAAAUGCGUAAAUGCCACCUCUGUGGGGAGGGGUGUGUGAAGAUCCCAUGUAUUCAUGUUUGAAGCACUCUGAGAGCAUUAGGAGGAAAUUAUUAAUUUUGUAUCCAGUGCAGUUUGGAUGGGCUUUGUCAAAAAAAAAAGCCUGGAUCCAUAUUGAGGAGAAUAAAAGAAGAUAUUGAAUAAAUAUAUGCUCACACAAUGAGGCUGGGGUCCUCUAGAGAAAAAUAUACAUAAGCAUAUAAUUAAAGAUGGUAACAUAACACAUUCCCAAGGGGGCAGAAUUCAGUUGCCCUUCCAACCUCAGUUCUGUCAUUUCGCAACUUCUGAGAGCUUGACUCUGCAACCUUAAUGUUACUUUAACUUUAGGUUUUUUUAUGUAAUAUCUAUGUACCUAGAAUAAAUUCAUCCUGACUUUUUUUAUAGCAUAGUGUAACAGUGCAUGUUGUAAAGAUUGAUUUACAAAAGAGUCAUUGCAGCUUUAAAACCAAAUCUCGUGUGUCCAACACUAACAAGUCUGUUAUGGUGUAGAUAUCUUUUUAUAUUUGCUAAACUACUAAGUGCCACUUGCGUACCAGAAACAGCCCCUGGAUCUUAUUAAAUUGUUUGUUUGUAUGUUCACUUUUUACAAAAUGCUUUAAACAACCUGGAAAAAAUGUAGUUUUGUUAAUUUAAAUAAAAUAUACAAUAUUG